AUGAUUGCGAAGCCUGCCGCCUUGAAAACUGAUCGCCGUAGAAAAAGACGAAGCCCCCAUGCUCCCGUCCCUGAGGAGCUCUGCGCCACCUCACCAGCGGUGCUGGAGGAGUUUUUUCUCACCUCGCCCGCUGAGUUAGAGGAGCCAGAUGCCACCUCACCUUUUGAGCUGGUCGACGCUGCCACUAUUCCCAGGCAGGUCGACACCGCCUCACUCCCUGCCGAGGAGAGACCCCGUGCCGCCUCACUCCCUGCCAAGAAGAAGCCCUAUGCCGCCUUACUCCCCGCUGAGGAGAGGCCCCGAGUCGCUUCACUCCUGGUUGAGGAGAGGCCCUGUGCUGUCUCAGUCUCUCCUGUUCCUGUGGGGGCCAUUGCCCCGUCUCCGGUUCCUGUGGGGACCAUAGCCCCGUCUCCGGUUCCUGUGGGGCCCAUAGCCCCGUCUCCGGUUCCUGUGGGGCCCAUAGCCCCGUCUCCGGUUCCUGUGGGGCCCAGUGCCCCGCCUCCUGUCCUUGAGGGGCUCAUUGGCCCGUCUUCGGCCCUUGUGGGCCUGACAGUCUUAGAAGAGCUCAACGCUUCUCUCAUUUCAGUGCGAGAGAAGCUAAAGGCUCUUGAUGCAGCGUUGAAGAAGCUACAGGCUCCCGCUGCGGCUCUGAAGGAGCAACCGGCUCCCGCCGCGGCUCUGAAGGAGCAACCUGCUCCCGCCGCGGCUCUGAAGGAGCAACCGGCUCCCGCCGCGGCUCUGAAGGAGCAACCGGCUUCCCCUGCUGUCCUGAAGGAGCUAAAGGCUCCCGCUGCAGCUCUGGAGAAGCGACGGGCUCCCCCUGCAGUGUUAAGAGAGCAAGAAGCUCCGGCUGCAGCCUUAGGGAGGCGUUCCGCCCCCUCUGCAGCUUUAAAGAGGUUUCCCGCCUCUCCUGCAGUCCUGAAAAGGCGUAAGGCCCUCUCGGCAGCCUUGAGGGGGUAUAACACCUCUUCGGCAGCCUUGAGGGGGCAGAAUGCCUCCUCCGAGUCCUUGCCGAGGCGUCCCGCCUCCUCCCUGUCCUUGCCGAGGCGUCCCGCCUCCUCCCUGUCCUUGUCGAGGCGUUCCGCCUCCCCUGAGCCCUUGAAGAGGCGUAGCGCCUCCUCGACAGCCGUAUGGGAGCAUAGCUCCUCCCUGGCCGCCUUGAGAUAUAGCGCCUCCCCCUUAGCCUUGAAGAGGCAUACCGCCUCCCCUGAACCCUUAAAGCUGCUGUCCGGAGUUUGA